GAUGUUCAUGCAGCUCAUCUGCUGAUUCUUCCUCCCGUCCUCCGUCUCUCCUCUUCCUACUCCACCUCCUCCAACUUCUACCUUCGCAGUCACGAAUAAUCCCCGAACAUGCGUGUCACGGAGUGCCCUCCAAAUUGAUGGCAUCGGGCAUAGCCCAGAGGAACAACCGGGGGUGAGGGCGCGAAACCCCUAGACUACACCGAGUAAAGAAGAGGUUCCAUUACCACCGGGCGGAGAGCGAUGUCCGCCGUGGAAAGUUUUCUUCUUCGGAUGAAAGAUGUUUUUCAAACAAAGCGCUUAUCUUUCUCAUCUUAUUGGUGAUCCUGGAUGCCUUGAACUUGGAAGUGACACAAUGUCAACUGGGGAGUUAAUUGAGCUACGUGACCUGAAUCCAGGGAGCGAGCCGAUACGGCUGACAGGAGCGAGUUUGCCCCGCUCCCCUCCACGCUUAGAGAGAGCCAACGCACUGAGAAUCAGCCCAGGAAAGGUGCCGGAUCUGCUAAGCCGGGUGGGCAUUAUACGAGUCCAAAGCAGCUGUGAAUUGGACCAGCACCAGGCGGAAGAGAGCGGGGAGGGCCACGACUUCCAGCCCUACAGCAACACUCAGCCAACGUGGUGCGACCUGUGCGGGGACUUCAUCUGGGGUCUUUACAAACAAAGUUUGCGCUGUGCAAAUUGCAAGUUCACCUGCCAUUAUCGCUGCCGCCCCCUGAUCCGCUUGGACUGUAGUUGGGACCGAGGUUCUUCCACUGACUACACAUUGGUUGUGGAGCACACCAUCGAAACAGACUCUAAUGUGGAUGAACCAACUGAGUGUAGCAAACAAGCGUUGACGACUGCUGAUACUCAGAAGAUGGUCAAGGAGUACAACUCUCAGAUCAAUAGCAAUCUGUUCAUGAACGCGAACAAAGACGGUUCCUACACGGGUUUCAUCAAAGUGCAAUUCAAGCUGGCGCGUCCCGUGUCGGUCAUGCAUCCGAAGAAAGUAGCACAGAAUGCUGGCUCCAGGAAGGGCUCUGGUGUGAAAAGGCGCACCUCUUUUUACCUGCCUAAGGACGCGUCCAAACACCUGCACAUAAGCUCCCGGACGUCUGCACGCGAAGUCAUCGAGGCCUUGUUGAAAAAGUUCACAGUGGUAGACAACCCCGGCAAGUUUGCGCUGUUUGAGCGCAGUGAGCGUCAUGACCAAGUUUACAUUCGUAAGCUGUCUGAUAAUGAGCGACCUCUACCGCUACGACUCUAUGCUGGACCCAAUGAAAAAAUGUUGAGCUUUGUUCUAAAGGAGAACGAGACUGGAGAUGUCAACUGGGACGCCUUCUCCACCCCAGAACUGAAGAACUUCCUGCUCAUUCUCCAGCGUGAAGAAGAGGAGCACAUCAAGCAGAUCGUGCAGCGCUACAAAGUGGCUCGAGCUAAGAUGGAAGAGGCCUUGCGCAGCUGCACCCCAGGAUGAGCGGCCCCUUCGUGACAGGGAGACCUUCAUCGUAGCACCGCGACCAGUCGCUGAUGCACGUGGGGCUCCCGUGAAUGAGCGAAAGCUAAAUACACCUCUUCGGUGAACAAGAGAGUGAAAGGGGCGCAAGACGAUGAGAGCGUGCGAGAGAGAACGCUGACGCGAAUGUGCGUGUGAGAUGAUGCAAGAAGCAGUGCCUGACACACGGAGAGUCUGAUGUGCCUGAGAGAAUGAGUUGAGAACAAUGACAGCUGGCAGUCAACAUCUACGACCCAAUGAACCCUCCAUCAUUUUUUUUU